AUGAGCUCAAGUGAAGACGAAGAUGACAAAUUCUUAUACGGUUCCGACUCUGAGUUAGCAUUACCUUCAUCUAAACGAUCUAGAGAUGAUGAAGUAGGAAUAGAUGCCAGUAAUAAUCUCGGUAUAGUUAAAAGACAAAAACUGGGUUCUCCCGAGGAGGAGGUACCAGCUAUUGCAAAAGAUGACCGUUCUGAUGAAGAUAUAUACUCUGACCCGUCGGAGAACGAUAGCGAUUCUGAUCUAGAAGUAAUCAUAAGUACGGGUCCUGAUCCUACUAGAUUAGAUGCAAAACUGUUGGGUUCCUAUCCUAGUACAACGGCAUCCUCAAACAAAGACGUAAUUAGCGUAGCCACUGAUGUAUCUCCUUCCAUCACAAAAACAUCUGAUGAAAGACUAAUAACAGAGGGUGAACUAGAUCAAGGCGUAACAACUAGAAUGUCAUCAAAAGCCACAGAGGGCGAAGAAAAUAUACCGAAGUCAAUGGUUGGUUCUAUAGACUUAGAUAAAGAAGGAAUUUUUGAUAGCGUCGGCAUAACAACAAUAGAUCCUGAAGUACUGAAAGAAAAACCCUGGAGACAACCAGGAGCUAAUAUUAGUGACUAUUUCAAUUACGGAUUCAACGAAUUCACCUGGAUGGAGUAUUUACACAGACAAGAAAAAUUACAGCAAGAUUAUAAUCCUAGGAGAAUUCUAAUGGGCCUGUUAUCCCUUCAGCAGCAAGGAAAAUUGAACUCUGCAAAUAACGCAGAUUCGAACCUUGGCAAUAUGAUUGACAACAAUGGCAACAUUAACAAUGCAAAUAUGUCCAAUAUCAACAAUAAUAUGGGUAAUAGUAUGUCCGGAACACCAAACCCUCCUGCUCCUCCAAUGCAUCCAAGCUUCCCGCCGUUACCUAUGUUUGGCAGUUUCCCCCCAUUCCCCAUGCCAGGUAUGAUGCCACCCAUGAACCAACAGCCUAAUCAAAAUCAAAAUCAAAGUUCGAAAUGA